AUGACAGUCUCCAAAUUCGCCUCCAUCUGUACCAUGGGCGCCAAUGCCUCGGCAUUAGAGAAAGAGAUUGGUCCAGAACAGUUUCCGGUCAACGAGCACUAUUUUGGAUUAGUCAAUUUUGGGAAUACCUGCUACUGCAACUCCAUUCUCCAAGCACUUUAUUUUUGUCGUCCGUUUCGGGACAAAGUUCUGGCAUACAAGAGUCAGCCCAGAAAAAAGGAAAGCCUCCUCACCUGCCUGGCAGACCUCUUCCACAGCAUAGCCACCCAGAAGAAGAAGGUCGGCGUGAUCCCGCCCAAGAAGUUCAUCACCAGAUUGCGGAAGGAAAACGAGCUGUUUGAUAACUACAUGCAACAAGAUGCCCAUGAAUUCUUAAAUUACCUACUCAAUACAAUUGCUGAUAUUCUACAAGAAGAAAGAAAGCAGGAGAAGCAAAAUGGCCGAUUACGUAACGGGGAUGUGGACAGCGAGGAUAACAACAGCACGCCAGACCCAACGUGGGUCCACGAGAUUUUUCAGGGAACAUUAACUAAUGAAACCAGGUGUCUUACUUGUGAAACUAUAAGCAGCAAAGAUGAAGAUUUUUUAGACCUUUCUGUUGACGUGGAACAAAACACAUCAAUCACUCACUGCCUAAGAGGGUUCAGUAACACGGAGACUCUGUGCAGUGAAUACAAAUACUACUGUGAAGAAUGCCGGAGCAAGCAGGAGGCACACAAACGGAUGAAAGUAAAGAAACUACCCAUGAUCCUGGCUCUGCACCUGAAGAGGUUUAAGUACAUGGACCAGCUUCAUCGAUAUACAAAGCUUUCUUACCGGGUGGUGUUUCCUUUAGAACUCCGUCUGUUUAACACUUCAGGAGACGCAACCAACCCUGACAGAAUGUAUGACCUGGUCGCUGUUGUGGUUCACUGUGGAAGUGGUCCCAAUCGAGGCCAUUAUAUUGCAAUAGUUAAGAGUCAUGAUUUUUGGUUGUUAUUUGAUGACGACAUUGUAGAAAAAAUAGACGCACAAGCUAUUGAAGAAUUCUACGGACUGACAUCUGACAUCUCCAAGAACUCUGAGUCUCGGGACUUUCAGUCUCGGGACUGAAAGGUGCCGCAGUGGAAAGAAGCUUCUGCUUGCUUCUCUGGUUGCUUCCGAAAGGAUCGAGCUGAUGUUUAAGAAGAGAGAAAGAGAGACAGACAGACGCAGGACGCUCAGGGCAGUAGCUCACUUUGCAUACAAUAAAGCAAAGGCUGGAUUAACACGCCCUUCCGGUCACGUUAGUUGAAUUUUUUGCUCAGGAAUCAUGCUGUCUGCAGUUCCACACAAGGACGUGAUCAGAGAUACCAGCUCUUGUGAAGCAGCUGCCAGCUGCCGACACGGUUUCCGUAGUCAUCGCACCAAGGAUGAUGUGAGUUCUUCGGGAGGGCAGUGGAGGAGUUAGGAUGUGCUAGGGUGAUUGAGCACACCGCACUGUGCGCCAGCGCGCGGGAUGCGUGCGUGCACUGUGCAUGGAGCAGUGACGGUCUCUUCAAGCAUCCCGAAAAGUACCUUUGGGCCCAACACUUGCAGUUGCCUUCCUGACGCACAGAGCACAGACACGGAGCCCAGUGUCAGGAGGUCAAAGAUACCUGCUUCUCUGGAGAAGCGUGUGAUCAUAUACAGUGUAUGUACAUGGAGGGAACAGCUGGUCAAAACUGGCUUCUUGAUUCCCCAAGGGGAGAGACUGGCUUUGUAAUGAUCUUUUUUCCUUAUUUAUUUUACUUAAACUGGUUGAGUCCAAGCAUUGUAUGAAGUGCCCGUGAUUCUACCAGCUAGUCUUGGCGUAUUUGAUUUGUUUGUCAGCUGAGGCAGUCCUGUUGUCCGUUUCUGUUUUCAAGGUGAACUGAACAUUGUAACUGAAUCACUAAGGUAAUCAUGAGAGGAUCGUAGUGAGCGGGGUCAGUGCUGUCCCGAGGGACUGUCUCUGGCUGAGCACUUGCUCCUUGGUUAUAGUUUGUCACUUUUUUUUAAAGCUUUAAAUGCAGUGAAGUAGGAGUUCCCUGUUGCUAGAGUGAUAAAGGAAGCCCCAGCAUGAGGCUGGCCUGCUGCCAGCCCGAACCCCAGGACGUCGGUGCGUGCAGCUGUGGCAGUCUUUAGUCCUGUUUUAGCCUUGGGAAGGACUAAUAGAGCAGCCAGAACCCCAUCAGCCAGGGCAGCUCAAGCCCUUUGGAAGAUUACAUUUUGGUAGUGUAGUAAUCUCAAAAAGAAGCCCCUCGCCCUCCUGACCUGAGUGUCCUAUUAGAGCGCUGUUCAGACACUUACAGCUAGAUCUGUUGGGAGUUUAGGGAACAGUACGGGAGUCUCCACAUAUGGCCAGGCAUCAAGUGUAUGACAGUGGCUGAAUGUAACUUGCAGUAAGUGGUUGAGGAUUCUACUCAAAGUCCAGCUUCAGACUCUGUGUAGCCAUCCUCACACACACUCCUCAUAGUGUGGUGGCGGCCUGUUGAUAAAGCCCCUGGUUUUCUAAAGCUAUUUUACUAAAACUGUUGACUGAGAAGAAAACAGCAAAAAGAAAUGUUUUUUGUGCUGCUAUGAUUAACAUUUAUUUUCUACCUUUAGCUCAGGAAAUGACUUCAUCUAUUCAUCCCAUAAGCAGAUUUGCAACGGGGUCACUUAGCUAAUCGGGCUUCGUAGACAGAUGUGCUGGGAGAAAAAGAUGACCUUUUGGCAAACUCAUUUUGAUAGUUUCUGAAGCCUUACCCUGGCUGGGUUUCGUGAUCUGCCAGCAUUGCACAGAGAACGGCAACCAAGAGCACGGGGGUUAGAGCUGCGCGCGAGAGAGCACACGCCCGUCGGGCCCACACCAGACUGUGUUGGAAUUCAGAACUGCAUUCUCUGCAGCUUUGUGUUCAAAGAAAAGGCAUAAAGUAGGGCUGAGGCCUUGAGGCUGCCGUGCGCAGCCCUGAAGUA